UGGUAUCACUCAGACGUACUGGCAGUUAAGAUCGGACCAUGAAGUGAUGGAGAGGUGUACUUGGUGAGCUCAUCAUCGCGAGACUUAAGGAGCAACAUGUCUUUCUUUGCGACUUCUCGCGAGAGACAGACUGCACUGCCCGAAUCCAGCUGGUACGUCUAAAAGAGCUCUGUAGCAGUGAGUUGAGGUCCGACCAGCCAUCCAUCCAGCCAGCCAGCCGCCAGCCGGUCAACCAACAAGCUAGUCACCAUGGGGAACAUCUUUGGAAACCUGCUGAAGAGCCUGUUAGGGAAGAAGGAGAUGAGGAUCCUGAUGGUGGGGCUGGACGCUGCAGGGAAGACCACCAUCCUAUACAAAUUGAAGCUGGGAGAGAUAGUCACCACCAUCCCCACUAUCGGGUUUAACGUGGAGACGGUUGAAUAUAAGAACAUCAGUUUCACGGUGUGGGACGUGGGUGGCCAGGACAAGAUCAGGCCUCUGUGGAGACACUACUUCCAGAACACACAGGGUUUGAUCUUUGUGGUGGACAGUAACGACCGUGAGCGGGUGAACGAGGCUCGGGAGGAGCUGAUGAGGAUGCUGGCUGAGGACGAGCUACGAGACGCCGUGCUUCUCAUCUUCGCUAAUAAACAGGACCUGCCCAAUGCCAUGAACGCAGCAGAGAUCACAGACAAGCUGGGGCUCCACUCCCUACGUCACCGCAACUGGUACAUCCAGGCCACCUGCGCCACCAGCGGAGACGGCCUGUACGAGGGCCUCGACUGGCUGGCCAAUCAGCUGAAGAACAAGAAGUGAGUGGACCAAUCAGAGGAGAGUGAAGAGAAACCUUAGUGUCAGCUCUUGAAACAGGAAGUGGUAGUUGGUUGUAGUUGAUCCAUUGAGUGAAUAAUCCUGACACGGCGGGAGUGAAAUGUGAUUGGUAUGUGCUGUAGGAAGGGGGCUUAAACUGUACCAUUCCUUGAGGACAUUUUCAACCCGAUGUCAAUUAUUAAAAACAGUUAUCGCCUUUCAGACACGUGCCAUCAAUGUCAAUACAUGACAUGUCAUACAUAAUUAUGAACACAUUGAUAAGCAUCCUGUUUUUGGAAACACUAUUUAUGUAUUCAUUCAUUCAUUCAUUAAUACAUUAUUUAUUUAUUUAUUCAUUUAUGUCAUUUGACUUAUACAUCAGAAUGGAUACUAGCAAUGUUAGUUGGUUUUGGAACACAGUAUUAUGCAUGGCCGUAUAGUAAAAGAUCUCUCGGAAAUGAAGUUUGCAAUUGUAUCUCUCUAAUGUUAUCUAUUUAGCCAGUCUUCUGACAGUAUUCUCCUUUUACACUCAAAUUGCUACUGCUGGUUGGAGCAAUGCAGUAAUGGUCGACAUUAAUGAACAGUGACAUAGGUUUGUGUAAAACACAUCCAAUAUGCAAGAGCAUGCUUUUUUCUAUGUCAACUGUAUAUUACCCAUUAUACUCAACAAGUACAAACAUAUACCUGAACAAAAAUAGACCUGAAAAAUAUCUGAAGGAGUCAUCGCGGUUGAUAUGUUCAAUUGUAGUUAUCGGGAUUUGUGUAUGCACUGAUAUAUAUCGAUAUAAAGACGGAAUCCGCAUUAGGGGAUACAGCGCCCCACCCCACCCCCCCCUCCCCCUCCACCCAGCGCCUUUGUUAUUGUUUUGGUUUUGUUGACUAAAUGUAGGUGAGAAGAACCCAAACCGAGGUGAGCAGCUUGGUAAAAAAAAAAAUAUAUAUAUAUAUUUGCAGUACAUUUUCUUCUGUUCUACCGUGUGUGCAAUGCUGUCAGAGAGGGGGGGGGGGGGGCUGUGUUCGUUGUUUGCAUUAACUUCUUUGUCGUUGUAAUAUCCUAAAUGGAACUCGAAGGACUCCAGCUUUAACAUUACAGCUUGUGUAUAACAUUUCCCACAUUGAGUUUAGCUUGAUGCAGCAGUUGUUUGUUUUUGUGGCCUUAUUAUCGCUAGUGUUGAAAACCCCUUAUUCUGAUGAUGGUUUUGUGUGUGAAGUUUAACAUCAAGCGGGACCACAGUUGUGGCAAAAUGUAUCAAUUCAUGUCUUGAUUUUUUCCCUCCUUUAACUCAGUUGAGUCUGUAAGAAAAACAAAAAACAAAAGUCAUGUUAUAUUACUGUAACAAUGUAAUUACUCAACAUUCCAGUUAAUAAUGUGUAUUAAAAUGAAUUGAAACAGGG